AUGCAACUACCACCGGUCGACCUUCUCCAGCCGAUAGCCCCCAUCAACCAGCAGCCCCCACCACAAACGAUGGCAAACAACACAAGAACGACAAAACUUGGCGCCACGUGGGCUGACACAACAGGGGCCAUAAACAUCGAUGUUGAUAACCUCCUAGCUCCGAGAUCGCCAAAAUUAGCACCAGCUCCGUCUAUUAAUCAAUUAAAGUCCAGUCCCAACAGUCCGGCUCAUAAGCCAAUGCCCACCGCUGGGAUGAUGUCCAUGGGUUUCAUGCAAGGCCCUCUAAUUAACAACAACUUCAUCCCGCCCACAGGGGGGCUAAAUAACAACAUGACUACAAACAUUAGACCGCCGUUCGCGAAUCAAAAUACGUUCUUUCAAUGA